CUCUGUUCAGUGUGACUUUCACAAACAUUCUUAGACUUGGAACAGAGACAAAAAGGGGAACGAGAGAUCAGAUUGCUAAAACUCUUGUCCGGGCAAUUGGCAGCAAUUCUGUAAGUAUUUAUUAAAUAAUGUGGACAUUGCUAAACCAUUGCUGAGAACUUGGACAGUGUCUAUGUUUUCUACUGAAAUAUUAAAUUACAACUGCAAUCAUUCACAGCAGGGAAGUAAUAUUAAUUACUAUCUCAUUUAUACAUACACAAUCUUCUACAAAGCUGAACAGAACACAGUCAGGUAAACAGAAGCUUUAAAAUCGUUGAUACUAAACCCACAGUGAACUAUUGACCAUGGGAGCUUGCAAUCUAGUGGAUAUUUGUUUUCAUUAUAUACAGGGAAGCAUCCAGCCUGUAUUUGGGAGGGGCACCACUGAAGUUUCUGUCAUAUUUUAUCUUUAGAAAAUAUGGACUCAUACAAUUGCAUAAACACAGAUAGAUACAUAGUCUUACAAACGUGGAUACAGUGACAAAUGCCUACAUCUACACUCACACAAACACAGAAUCUUAUAUAUGACCAAACACAACACAUACAGACAAUCACUGACACUGUACAACCACACAAACAGAGAUCCUCUGAAUGUCCUGGAGUGAUCAUCAGAAGUUAAUAUUAGAGCAUUAGUGAUCAAGUUUAGGCAAGUUGUAAUUUGUCAACAAUGCAUUUAAUUACAAAAGUGAGAAUUCACAAUGAAUUUCAAAUUUAAGGCCAGGGUAGUCGAACUGAAAGCGUUCAUUUCGUCUGACCUUACAUAUGAAAUUCACCUUGAAUUCUUACUUUAGUGAAUAACCCCGAAAGUCUAAUUCAGUGAAAAUGCAAAGCAACUUUUAUGAAGUAUGGCAUAGGUUUCUUAGACAGUUAUACUUGUUAAUGUGUUUCAAACAGCAACAAACAAGUUGUAGGGUGGGCCGAAAGGUAGAGUAGGGUUUGAGGAGUUAAAACCCUUUUUAUUAAUAAACCAAUUACAAUGAAUGUACGGAGAUUUGUUUGACUAGUUAUGGAAGAUGACAUUUUUUUAAUGAACUCCAUUUGCUGCUUCGCAAAGUCGGGCUCUUUCAAUUGCAUUGUUCUUAACAUUAGUUUUGAGGCUCCAGCGCUCAAAUUUGUGCACAGUUUUUCUCCUUGAGCUGCUCGGGUGUACGGGGUUUGUUUAAGUACAUUGGCUCCUUCAGAUAUCCCCACAGUAAGCAAUCAGGAGCUUAAAGGUCAAAAGAACACGGUGGCCAAUUAAUCUGGGAAUUUCUUAAAAUUAUCCGCUCGCCAAACAGUUGUCUCCGGAGGUCCAUUGUGGCCCCGGCUGUAUGGGCAGUAGCCCAAUCCGUUUGAAAACACAUUUCAAGACGAUUUUCCUCUUGACAUCAAAAUAAUGGGCCUUCCAUUUUGAAAAUAAAAUUCCGCUAUUUUUACUCUUUGUUCAUUCGUGAAAUUACCCGUUAUCAAUCUCUAAAGACUCAGUUAUAAUAUGUUACAUAGUUACAUGAAAAGAGACUUGUGUCCAUCAAGUUUAGCCUUCCUCACAUGUAAUUUUGCUGUUGAUCCAAAAGAAGGCAAAAAACCCAGUCUGUAGCGCUUCCAAUUUUAGAACAAACUAGGAAAAAAUUCCUUCUUGACCCCAAAAUAUCAGUCACAUGUCUCCUUGGAUCAAGCAGCUAUUACCCCACUAAUUAGAAAUUAUAUCCCUGUAUGUUAUGUUUUUGCAAGUAUUUAUUCAAUUGCAGUUUAAACAUCUGUAUGGACUCUGAUAAAACCACCUCUUCAGGCAGAGAAUUCCAUAUCCUUAUUGUUCUUACUGUAAAAAAACCUUUUCUUUGCCUUAGAUGAAAUCUCCUUUCUUUCAGCCUAAAUGUGUGACCUCGUGCCCUAUCUAUAGCCCUGUUUAUGAAUAGAUUACCACAUAAUGGUUUGUACUGGCCCCAAAUAUAUUUGUAAAAUGUUAUCAUGUGCCCUCUGAGGUGCCGUUUUUCCAAACUAAACAGAUUUAAAUUUUAUAACCUUUCUUCGUAACUAAAACGCUCCAUUCCUUUUAUCAAUUUUGUAGCACGUCUCUGCACUUUUUCUAAUGCCAUGAUAUCCUUCUGUAGAAUAGGUGCCCAAAAUUGCACUGCAUAUUCAAGGUAUGGUCUCACUUGCGAUUAAUGUACCUGCAACAAAAAUUUUUUAAAUACUAAAAAAUAAAGUUAUUCACCUGUCAAAUCCUACAAUCCUACUAUGAAUUUUGGCCCACCCUGUUUAUAUUUAAAAUGUAUUUAUUUAUUACUCAUGUCUAUUUUCAGGUUUAUGAUCUGCUCAAAAGAGAAAUAAUAUUUUCAAAGUGACUGUUAUCCCCGGCUACCAUGAAAAUCCUCUGUAAAGCCAGAGGGGUCCUAACCCAAUUUACCCCGAGAAUUUAUACCAGGUGUUUCAGCAAGCAUCAGACGCUUUAUAUCCCACAGAAUUUUUCAGAGUUUGAAGAAAUUAAACUACAUUAUAAACCAGUUGUUCCAGAAUAUUUCAACUUUGCGAGCGACAUUUUAGACAAGUGGUCUGCAAUUGAAAAGGUACGUUUUUCAAGUUGUUGAUUUAACGAUUUCUUUAUUCAGAAGGUACCAACCAAGUAAUGCGCUGAUAUCACUUUAAAACGUGUUAAUUUUUAUACAUUACUCUUACAAUGUCUGCAUACAUCGGUAAAAAAAAAAAAAAUGUAUAUAUUUAUAUUUGCAUGACUAAAGAAUACAGAAUUUCCUUCGUGUUUUGUUUUCGAAGUUCUGCUGAGUAUGGCUGACUAACUUAUUAUUUGUGGUAUUUCGGAUACCCAUUCGUUCAUUUUCUCCCGAGGAGAUUGAUUCGAACUCUCUCCAGACGAAAGUACAGCAUACGAGUAAAUCCACCAAGUAAUCAGACGCAUACCCAAACAUCAGCCUGAGCUAGAUGAAGGGUACAACACGAAUGAAUCUAUUCAGACCAACUUGCCGGUUUAUAUGCAAGUCCCCAUGCAAGGGGUUUACCGUGACAUAUUCCAGGGGCAUUCCCAACUGGACCUGAGAGUUUGACAUUGGUAUGAUUAUAUAAAAUGCCACUGAUCCUUAAGGAGUUAAUGUUUAAGAAGAUUUUUUAUUUUCACAAAAUUGCAAGUUACAGAAAAUGUAAAUGAUAAAACAUACAAUAAAAAAAAUCAAUUAAGUAGACGAUGUAAGUGUAAAUAGUCAACUUGAUGGGUAGCUGCGUUGUAUAUUGGUUAAAAACGUGUUUGCAAAGUGCACAUCGGUAAAGCUGGAGCCAGUUGUUCUUUUUGGAACCUAUAAAUUAUUAAUAUUGUGAUUAUAGUGCAUUUUAUGUAUUUAUUUAUUUGGAAUAGUUAGUUACCAUCAAAUAGUAUACUCUGUUAGCCCCCCUAAUGCUCAUAUCUAGUCAAUAUACUGGCCAAAAAAAGAAACCAUUACUUGCUAAGACCUGUAAAUGGUUAAAAAUUAAAAACACUGAGAGGUUUACUGCAACCAAAAACAUUGUCCUUGUUGGCAUGAUUCUUCCAUGAUUCUAUGAUUCCCAUAAAAAUAGACAAAAUAAAAACUCACCUGGUAUUCCACACCAAGGCCAAAUUCUCCCUACAGCCUGAUCCCCCUCCGGUGAUGUCAGGCCUGGGCGGAGAGAGGACUUGGACAGCAUUGAGGGGGGCUUUGCCACCAUUGGUCAGUCAUCCCCAGCAUGCUAUGAGGGCUGAUGAGGGCUAUGCACAGAACUGAAAUUAGUAGCCUGGAACUCUCGUUCCUAACUGGCUAACGAGGCUACUAAAGGUUGAUUUACACCAGAAUGCUACCAUUCUUUAAGGUAUUACUUAAGCUUACAGUUGAUUCAGAAUAUCACCUUAAUAUUUUUUAAUUAAAAUGGUACAUUAAUUAUAUUUGAUUGCAUGAUUUUCAUAAAAUCACCCUAGACAAUAGAAAGGUGUGCUCACACAUGGUUACUCAUCAAAGUGAACUAAUAGCCUAAAUUUUGUGUUUAGAUUUUUAUUUCACUAUAGUUCGAUGUUUAUUGAAAAACCCCUUAUCGUUUUAUUUCUUUUAUUAUUUUCAUCCAUGCUGUAUCUCAAUGGACAGGCAAGCAUGACAUUGUGUCAACUUCUGUUAGUGUACAGACAUUUUAUUUAGCUAUGUGUGAAUUGUUUCCAUGAAUUGUGUUUCCUGUCAGGUGACACAUUUUUGAUGUGUAUAUACAGAUAAGGAGGUAUAAUUUAAUGCAAGGCCUCAUGAACUCUGUAAAGGUGAAAUGUUUUACUGCUCGCUAUAGUAUAAUAAUUGUCACAAUCAUUUAACAACAAACAGUAAUCGCUAAAAUGGCUGUUGUUGUCUUUCGCGAUUGCCAGAGGUUUUCAUUCUACAAUUUCUAGCGGCUGCCAAAAGAUUUAACGUUUCCCACAGAGAAUAAGAGGAGAUGCUAAACAGGGAUAUUUACUAACGUGAGAUUUUUGGGGAAUUUAGAGUGAAUUUCCAAUUUAAGGACAAAGUAGCUAAAUUGAAAAACUUCUCCAAGUCAAUUAUACUUCCUGAUAUUUCUCACCUUAGUAAAUAACUCUCUAAGUUAUACCUGUUUUACGUGCUGAACGAUUAUACAUGCCUAAACUAGGUGUAAAGAGAAAAAGACUAGUUAGCGUAGGACUUUAUAGCUUUCAUAAAGAUAAAAUGUUUAUGAAAUACUCCUUCUAACAUUCUGAGAAAAUCAAUAUAUCAUGAGAUAAAGUUCUUUGUAUUAUGAAAAAUGAAAAAGUUGACAAAUAUUUACAAAAGGAAGAGCUUCCAAGGAAAAGGCAUCUCCAUACAAAUCACACAAUAUGUUUUAAGGAAGAUCCCAUGGUCUCAGCAUAUGCCCCAACAUUGGCAUCCUGAGACGUGGGAUGUCGGUGAGAUGGGGUUAAAUGGAGCAUCACUAGCUCUGCCAGAAAGCGGGUCUGUCAAAUUACUGCCAUCUCAGCUGCCUGCCAAGCAUACAGGCCAGCCCACCGAGAGCAGACUUUUGAGGAACAACUAUGUCAGUGCUCUUGGUAGGGUUCUGGUGGCUUGAGUGUGUCAUGUUCCCAGGUAAUGAUACACUUUUUGGGGACAGUUCCCUGGAUGCCCGGAGUAUUGUAGUGCUCAGCUCAGAAGAGCUAAUAGAAAUUCUUGCUUAGGAACUUCUGGGUAUCCAGCAUUAGUAGUAGAGGCAGAAAGCAGCACGCAGCGAACCCCAGGUAAGAAGUCAAACCGUUCCAAAAUGGUUGGAAGGGUAGCAAAGGCACUACCGGUGAGCUAUAGUGAUUAUGGUGCAUGGAGUGUUCCUUUAAAUAACGAAUGCAAAUUGAUUGUUAAAUAGCAUCUAACAGAUUAUAUGUUAAGGAUCCACUGGAACAUAUAACUAAAAUAGAGGCCCUGGUGUGUCCUAUAUCAAACAUCUCACACUGUGCAUAGUUAGUGCACACUGUAUAACUGAGUAUGUUUAAUUUAGUAAUCGUUGGAAUCUGGUACUAAGGGUAAAACUACAAAUAUAUGCAUAUCCUUCAAAUGUGGUAUUUUAUUGCUCUCUCAGAUUUAAUGACCAUCUGUGGUCUUUCUCCAGGAUGGUGGGCGUUCGUCCAACCCAGCUCUUUGGUGGAUAGAUGGUAAAGGAAGUGAAAUCAAGUGGAGCUUUGAAGAGCUAGGCUUCCACUCAAGGAAAGUGGCUAACCUGUUAUCGGAUGGUUGCAACUUGAAUCCAGGGGAUCGAGUAAUCGUUAUUUUACCUCGAUUACCAGAGUGGUGGCUUUUCAAUGUCGCAUGUUUAAGAGCAGGUUUGAAAAUCUAAUUUCUAGUAUUUUUAUAUAUCCCUUUAAAAAGUUCAAGAAGUGUUAGUGUUGGUAGUUUAUGAUGGCUUUAUGCAAUGACAAUGUAUGUCUCAUGCCAAGGUGCUAGUUUCCAUGGUGUUAUUCCAAGUUUUGUCACAGAAAAAUUAUGUUGGCCUAUGUGAAUCCCUUUGCACCCAUUUAAGCUCCCGUUCACAAUUGCUUUGGCACCGUGUUAUGGUUACUGUGCCCAAGAGUGUGUUAUUGUAUUAAUUCUUGUUUUUGGUUUCUGACUUUGACCUGCUCUUGGCUACUCUGAUCUCUGUACUGCGGACCUUGGUUCUGUUUUGCGCUUUCUGGAAUCAUGACCUUGGCUCGUCCAGACUUUGCUUUACUUCUUGUAGGUAUUUCUUGCCUAUCCUUUGGUAAUCUAGCGUUAAACCUGGCCACUCCAAGGACCAGUAAUACUCUCUAUUCCGUCUUUCCUCUAUACUUUAUCAGCUUUGCAUGCUAGGUCACAUCUGGUCAUGAAACACUGUCUUUGCAGGUUUGAUACUGAUCCCGGGGACAACACAACUCAUGGCCAAAGACAUUCUGCAUCGACUACAGACUUCAAAGGCCAAAUGUAUCAUAACCAGUGAUGAACUUGCACCACAUGUAGACUCCAUAUCAACCCAGUUUCCAUUUUUAAAAACCAAAAUUAUUAUUGGAAAGAAAAGAGAAGGAUGGGUGGACUAUAAAAGCUUAUUUCAGUAGGUGCAUGACUUUAUGACUUUCAGUUAAUGUAUUCUUCAUAUUAAUUCUGAAAUGGUAUUAAUGGAGCAUCAAUUUAAAUAUCACAAGGGCUGCUGAUGACAAACACACCUGUGUGAAGACCAAGGGUACCGAUGCAAUGACUAUCUUCUAUACAAGCGGAACAACAGGUUACCCAAAGAUGACUGAACACAGUCACUGCAGCUUUGGCCUAGGCUUAGGUGUAAAUGGCAAGUGAGUGAAUUCUGGAAAGACAUUUAUUUUUUUCAGUUCUGUCCCUAUGAUUCUUUUCAAUCAUUGUUACUUUGAUACAUGCUAUUAAAAUACCUCUUCUUUAGCUGUGAUGUUAAAAAUAAAUUUAGGAUUGACCGUUGAUGCUUUGUUUUUGUCAUAGCCCUCCAACCAUGUUGAAAAUGCACCCAUGACUUAUUUCAAAGACCAAAUUCAUACAAGCAUAUCACCAUAAGGAGUAUUCACUUUUUAUAUUGAUUUUAAAAAAAUAUAUAUAUAUAUAUGCUGUUUGAUCAAUAGUUAUGCCAAGGUUUCUAUUAACUGACUACUUUAACUGAAUAAACAGAAAUUAAUUCUGAAAUGGUAUUAAUGGAGCAUCAAUUUAAAUAUCACAAGGGCUGCUGAUGACAAACACACCUGUGUGAAGACCAAGGGUACCGAUGCAAUGACUAUCUUCUUUUUAUAUUGAUUUAAAAAAAAUAUAUAUAUAUAUAUGCUGUUUGAUCAAUAGUUAUGCCAAGGUUUCUAUUAACUGACUACUUUAACUGAAUAAACAGAAAUUAAAGUGAUUUAACCCAGCAGAGAAUAGAGAAGUGGGACUGCAGGGGUAUAGUCUACACACCAAAACUGCUUUAUUAUCUAAAGUUAUUUUGAUGCCUACGGAUCCCUUUACUAAAAAUAAUCAGGAUUUGUACUGACAUGGCAACUGAAUUGCAAAAUGCAGGUCAAAAUAGACAUAAUUUAAAAAUAACAAUAUUUUGCAACUGCUUGUCAGCUCAUCACAGCUCAUUGUACAAAUAAAUAACCUACCUCGCCCACUGAACCAAUGCUUCUCAAAUACCUGUUUCAAUACACUUCCUAUGGUAGAUGUUAAGACUGGUAAUCUUGAGAAAAUCACAUAAACACAGAAUUAAAUAAAUGAUGGGAGAAUCAGAAAGGGGCAACAUGAUAUAGCACUGCAUGCAAGAAUAUUAUGAACCAUGAUUUAUAUGCUUUCCUCUGCCAUACUUUUUUUUUGAGAAAGUUUUAUUGUUUAAAGGACCACUAUAGUGCCAGGAAAACAUACUCGUUUUCCUGGCACUAUAGUGCCCUGAGGGUGCCCCCAUCCUCAGGGACCCCCUCCCGCCUGGCUCUGGAAGGGGGAAAGGGGGAAAAACUUACCUUUUUCAAGCGCUGGGCGGAGAGCUCUCCUCCUUCUCUCCUCCUCCGUUCCUCCUCCUGGGCUGAAUGCGCACGCGCGGCAAGAGCUGCGCGCGCAUUCAGCCCGUCGCAUAGGAAAGCAUUUACAAUGCUUUCCUAUGGACGCUUGCGUGCUCUCACUGUGAAAAUCACAGUGAGAAGCACGCAAGCGCCUCUAGUGGCUGUCAAUGAGACAGCCACUAGAGGAUUAGGGGGAAGGCUUAACCCAUUCAUAAACAUAGCAGUUUCUCUGAAACUGCUAUGUUUAUGAAAAAAUGGGUUAACCCUAGCUGGACCUGGCACCCAGACCACCUCAUUAAGCUGAAGUGGUCUGGGUGCCUAGAGUGGUCCUUUAAGUCAAUUAGUUAUUCAAUAACUUUGGUUGGUUUGCUGGUGUUUUCUUGGGUGGAAUAUGUUUAACUUUCUUUGGUAACAGUUUAACUCUUUCCAAAUCAUGCACUAUUAAAAAAAAUAAAAAAAUAAAAAGAUGCUAAUAUAACUUAUACAAUGCAGAUAUUGGCUGGACCUGAUCCCUUCAGAUAUAUUUUGGAAUACAUCAGACACUGGAUGGGCAAAGUCUGCCUGGAGCAGUGUUUUCGCCACCUGGUUUCAAGGCUCGUGUGUAUUUGUUCACAGCAUGCCCCGUUUUGAUCCAGGGACUGUGCUAGAAGUAAGUCACAUUGCGUUUGUGUUAGACAUGUAUUGUGUUUGUUUAACAGUUUGCAUCAGUAAAUGGUGACUACAUGCCAAGGGUCAGUUGUGGCACGGAUGUGGAAGGCUAUGGUAUUGCUGACCAGGUGAGAUUGAGCCAUCAUAGUAAUUGUGCAACACAGGACCAACAAAUAUACAGGCAACAGAGACAUGUAAUUAAACAUUGUAUCAAGUGAAAUGAUAGAAACAUAGAAACAUAGAAUGUGAUGGCAGAUAAGAACCAUUCGGCCCUUCUAGUCUGCCCAAUUUUCUAAAUACUUUCAUUAGUCCCCGGCCUUAUCUUAUAGUUAGGAUAGCCUUAUGCCUAUCCCACGCAUGCUUAAACUAUGUUAACCUCUACCACUUUAGCUGGAAGGCUAUUCCAUGCAUCCACUACCCUCUCAGUAAAGUAAUGAUAAUUGGAAUGUAUUUGCAUUAUUGAGACUGUAAAAAGAGCUUUGUUUGGUUUUUGCUUUUUGGAAGGAUCUGCUUGGCAUGCCGCACUAUUUGUUUUCUAACUUACAGUUGUAGUUUCCUUCCUUAAUGCAAAGUAGAUCUGAAAUUUUAUGCUCGUUUGAGCACGGCCUUCUUCACCUCUUGUCUCUUGUUAUAUUCCCUAUGUAAAUUACUUGUUGUCAAAUAUCCCCAUUUUAUAAUUGUGAUGCGCUACAGAAUAUGUUGGCAACUAUAUAAAUGAAAAUAAUAAUAAAAAUGUACAUAUAUCAGUUUAAACCAAUAUUGUGAAAUGGAAAUUAGUUUUCUCUCUAGAAGACAGCUAAGAUAUUUACCUAGAGAAUACUAUAAAGAAAUCUUUGACGUUUGGAAUAUUACCCUCUGAUAUCAGAAAUCACCUUUAAAUGAAAUAUUUCAUGUGGAACCAAACAUAUUUAUUUUAAAGGUUCUAGCAAAAAAAAAAAAAAAAAGAAAAAAAAUUGCAACAGUGUAACUGUAAUAAAGAUAAUUAGGCAUAUAGCAGCUUUUCAGCUUUUUCUUGUUACAAAAUGCAUUUUAAUGCAUUUCUACAAUAGUGUUAAAAAUACGAAUUUAUAAAUUUUUCAAACUUCUUUUGCUAACUGUCUGAAACUAUACUUUUGUUAUUUGAUUCACCCUUUUUUUGCCCAGAUAAAAUGACCUUGUUUGUGCUGGGCAGAUUAAAUAUGAUAAUUAAAUACAAAUUCUGUUAUACUUAUCUAUCACAGGAGGCUGCUGACAGGGGUCAAUACUUUAAAGUUUAAUUUUUUUGAGCAGGGCGAUGGGUAGAUCACCCCCCACCCCCUUUCUCCCUGAAGUUUUAAUGUAAAAUAAUCCUGUCAUGUUUAUGAUAUGUUCAUACUGCUGCUAGUUCCAAUGUAUGUACCUGACCAACAAAAAUUAAAAAAGAAAUAUGUUGAUGAUCGCAUGUAAUAUCAGUUAGUGAUGCCCCGAACUGUUCGCGAACGGUUCGCCACGAACGGUUCGCCACGGACUCAUCAUUGAGUAAACUUUGACCCUGUACCUCACAGUCAGCAGACACAUUCCAGCCAAUCAGCAGCAGACCCUCCCUCCCAGACCUUCCCACCUCCUGGACAGCAUCAUUUUUGAAGCUGCAUUCUUAGUGAGCUGUCCAGGAGGUGGGAGGGUCUGGGAGGGAGGGUCUGCUGCUGAUUGGCUGGAAUGUGUCUGCUGACUGUGAGGUACAGGGUCAAAGUUUACUCAAUGAUGAGUCCGUGGCGAACCAGUCGCGAACCGUUCUGCGAACAGUUCGGGACAUCACUAAGUAUCAGCAAUCUAAUCCAAGCAUGAGAUGUUAAUAUGUACACUGAUUAGCUCACAGGACCACAGGGAAGAGAAAAUGUUUGUUGCAUCUGAAGAAGCAUCAUUCACUAUUCAAUUACUAUUACAAAACUAUGCUGAAUAGAUUUAAAAACCAACAAUAUAAUUAAAAAUCAUAGUACAUUUGCUGUAUGCCGGUACCAAACGUUUGUUUUCUAAAUUGCUAAUUUACAAGUGGGUAAUGGAAGAAUGAACAUUUUACAUUGUUUAUUUCAUUUGUUUCAUUUUCUUAUCUAUUAUAUAAUAUUUUACAAUUUUUUUUCAUGCAGACUCUCUCCAAAUAUCCAAUUACAACAUUUUGCUCAGCACCAACAGCAUACCGAAUGCUUGUAUUGCAGGAUCUUUCGGGGUAAGAAAAAUCCCAAAUUAUGCUCCUGACACAUGUAAUUUUAAACCUAUAUUUAGCACGGUUAUAUAGUGAAAAUUAUCAGACGCAUUAUGAAUUAGAGGGUUACUCCAAUCAUCAUAGCCACUACAUCAUAACUUGCCCCCUUACCUGGGCCCACUCAAGCUUCUUGGCAAUCUGGUAAUCUGGUGAUGUGCUUCUGGUUUCUGAAGAGGAGCAGAAGCUGUGGCUGUCAAUAUUCAACUGGCUAUGAGAGCCAGCUGACUGCUCUCAGCCAAUAACUGAGAUUCUGUGCAAUGAAAUUUGUACAUAAUUAACAUUAGCCAUCGUGGAAUCUAGUUCUGGGCUGACUGAUGACACCCCAGUGAUGCUGUGGGAGGUGGAGUUGGAUUGAACUCAAUAGCUUUAGUGUAUCAUAGCAAAACGCUGCACCUACAGACUUUGGGCACCAUGACCUCUACUAAUCACUGAAGUGGUCAUUGUAGUUGCAGUAACCCUUUAUGUUAAUGGCAAAAUAUGUACAUCAGAUCAAUAUAUAACUGAAUAAAUAUAGAUGUUAUUAAUUACCCUCCAUUGUAACUACAGUGCCAUAUAAAUAUUGUCAGGGCUAUUAAUUAAACUGUGAAUUGUGAGGUAUUAAUGCCGAACUUACCUUUCUUUAAUCGAUUCCUCUUCUCUCCCUCUCUCAGGAUCUGUUCUUUAUUUCUUCCUGUCUGCUCUAGCUUUCUUUAAAACAUAAGACAAAGUAGGGACUACUUGUCUUAUGGAGGUUUCCUACACCUGACCAUCUCUGACCAGCAGAGGAGCAAAGUGUGCUUCAUUUCCGGUGGUCAGAGACAUUUUUCCACAAUUCUUAGCUUUCCACCCUGUUCCUGCGAUGCAUCCUGUCAGUAUUCCUGAACGUCCUGUCACUUAGACAGGACGCCGGCAAAACUACCGAAUUUUGUCCUAACAGAAUGAGAACAGUUUCUCCAUUCGUGUUAGAACGCAAUACGGGACUUUGUUCGGAUCGGAAUUUCAUUCGAAUGAAUGAAACUCCGAUCCUAUUCGUGCUGCAGCUGCAUCUUGGUAUUAGGGAGCUAUCUACCAAAAGGCUGAAAGACCUAAAUUGUUCUUUCAGCCAAAUUUACUAAUACUAAGUAAAGAUUACUUAGUAUUAGUAAAUUCUGCCCCUACUCGCUAUACCGCGAGUAGGGGCAUGUCUCACUGUUAAAAAACAAAUAAACCCUAAAAUCUUCAUUUUUCAGCCGCCAAAAAGGCCAAAUAAAAACCAUAAUACCCGUCGAACUUGUAAAAAAUAAAAUAAAAAAACUCGAGCGCAAAAAAAAUCAGACGAAAAAGAAAAAACCCUAACGCUAAAAAAUUAAUCCAUCUUCCUUCACCCGGCGAGAGCACGGCGCAGACUGAGCUCUGCAGGGUGAGGAAAGGCUUAUAAAGCCUUGCCUUGCCCUGCAAUUAGGCUCAGAACACUCUGAUUGGAUGGCUUGAAAUCCAUCCAAUCAGAGUGCUCUGUGUCAUUUUACACAGUGUGGGAAAAUUCCAAAGAACUUUCCCACGCUGUGUAAAAUUACUCAUAACACUCUGAUUGGAUGGCUUGAAAUUCAACCAAUCAGAGUGCUAGUCAUUUUACACAGCGUGGGAAAGUUCUUUGAAAUGUUCCCACCCUGUGUAAAAUGACACAGAACACUCUAAUUGGAUGGAUUUCAAGCCAUCCAAUCAGAGUGUUCUGAGCCUAAUUGCAGGGCAGGGCUCUACCCUGCGGAGCUCAGUCUGUGCCGUGCCCUUGCCAGGUGAAGAUGGAUUCAUUUUUUAGCGUCAGGUUUUUUCUUUUUCGUCAGAUUUUUUUUUGCGCUCUGGUUUUUUAUUUUAUUUUUUUACAAGUUCGACUGGUAUUAUGGUUUUUAUUUGGACUUGUUUGGGGCUGAAAAAUGAAGACAUCAAAUGGUAAGUUUUAUUUUUUUACAGGUAGUUAGUUAUUUUAUUCCCUCCUCACUAUUUUUAGGGUGAGGGGGGUAGGUAGGGGAUUCUUUUUUAUUUGAACUUGGGGACCCCUGGUCACCUUGGAAGGGGGGAGACGGACAUUUUAAUUUAGGGCCCCCACCUGCUGCUCAGGGGUGGGGACCGCGAGGGGGGGAGGACAAUAGGUCCCCCCCUCAUAAUUCUUUAGGGCCCCCACCCACCGCUCAGGGGUGAGGGCCAGAGUGGGGUGCACAAUAGCCCCCCCAUUGUUAUUUAUGGCCCCCCACCCACCGUUUAGGGGUGGGGGCAGGACAAUAGGCACCCCUCAUUGUCUUUCAUGGCCCCCACCCACCGCUCAGGGGUGGGGGCCGGGGUGGAGGAGAUAGGUUCCCCCCUCAUUUUUAUGGCCCCCACCCACCGCUCAGGGGUGGGGGCUAGGGGGGAGGACAAUAGGCUCCCCCAGUGUCUUUUAUGGCCCCCACCCGCCACUCAGGGGUGGGGGCCAGGGGGGAGGACAAUAGGUCCUCCCCUAAUAAUCAUUUUAUGGCCCCCACCCACCGCUCAGGGGUGAGGGCCGGGGUGGGGAGGACAAUAGCCCCCCAUUGUUAUUUAUGGCCCCCACCCACCGUUUAGGGGUGGGGGCCGGGGGUGAGGACAAUUGGUCCCCCCCAUUGUCUUUUAUGGCCCCCACCCGCCGCUCAGGGGCCGGAGCCAGGGGGGUACUAGGGUUUUUUUCACCUUAUUUUCAGGGACACAUAUAAGUUUGUCAUCUUUAUGAAAAUGCAUGAAAAGGGUUGCCUUGUUAUAUGUAUAAUACAUAUUCUGCAGGAUUCUUCAUUGCCUAAUUACUUAAUCUUAUGCACCUUCUUCUGAAUUUUACAUACUACAGGGACACCAUUUUCAUGUGCUGCCAAUCAAUCUGUAUACAUGAAAUGUGUCCCUGAAAACCUGGUGGAUAUUGUAACAUUAUCGAUAAACACAUUUUGCUUUGUUUCUAAAUAAACCAUUGAUGAACUACUGUCCCAUGAUUCCGAUAGGUGUAUAGUGCAUUGUGGGUAUUUUAUUUAUCCAUACUUGGAGAUGGUUCUUAUGAAUGGCAUAAAAUAACAUCAUAGUUUUUAGGAAACAAAUGUUCCUCCAGCCUCCAGCUCUAGGAUAACAACUACUGAUCCUCCCCACUCCUCCAACACUGCUUUUAUUACAUUGUUAUUAUUGCUGUGUUUGUUUGCAUGCCAAUGAAGAUACAAGUUCAAGAAUUUGAAGCAUUGUGUUAGUGCCGGGGAACCCAUCAACCCACAGGUUAUGGAGCAAUGGAAAACAUACACAGGACUGGACAUUUAUGAAGGAUACGGACAGACUGAAACGGUACAUUAUACUAGAUAAAUAACAGGUAGAAAGGGGAAUACAUAAGGUUAGUUGUUAACUGUAUCCCAGAUUAAAAGAUGUUCCGUUAAUAUAAGUGAUGUAUACUGUAUUCCUUCCAGGUGAUUAUUUGUGGAAAUUUUAAAGGCAUGAAAAUUAAACCUGGAUCUAUGGGCAAAGCUUCCCCAGCAUAUGAUGUUCAGGUAAUUUCUCAUUCACAUAUAAUGUGAAGAAAAUGGAGGGAAUUAUCCUCUAAACAUUGAACUGUGAUUAAGUAACCACCGAUUAGCAGAUUUCUCACAACAAAGUGAUUUACGAAUCAAUACAUACGCCUCUCCUUUGACCAAGAUUAAGAUAUGUUUUCUUUCCCUAGAAACCCUUAUCAUUCAAAAUUGUAUGUUUGUUUCUAUUCCAGAUAGUUGAUGAAAAUGGGCAGAUCGUGCCGCAGGGAAAAGAAGGUGAUAUUGCCAUAAGGAUAUCACCUAAUCGGCCAUUUUGUCUGUUCUCACAAUACACGGUAGGAAAGGAAUAUAUAUCAUUCAUAUCCAGAAAGCAGCUUUAUCUUAUUUUAAGGGACAGAUCAUUUUAUUCACAGGAAUAACAUCAUACCAUGGGCACAGUCUGCCAUUUUUACAAGGUGGUCAAAUGUCUGAAAUAUCCAUCCCUUGCCUACCUGUCCUGGUUUUUAAUCUUUCUUUGUUAUGUAGUAGAGGUCAAAGUCUCAGUUGUCACAUAUCUCAUUCUGGGAUAAUAAGUCACAGUCAGAUUUUCUGCAUCAUUAAGUUGUACGAAGACAGGGAAACCAGUGACCUUUUUCUGGAAAUCGUGUUUUUGCUUCUUCUUCUACAGUCUAUAUAUAUUAGAUUUAUGGUAACUCUAAAGGAGUAAGCUUUCAAGUGAAUAUGCAUAGCCCUGUACAGGUUUCUAGUCAAACUACUGUACUGGUUAUAAUAUGCCUUAAAUGCAUGGGCUGUCCCUUUAAGAGUGGGGUAAAAGGGACGGUGGGAGAUGACUUUGAUGGUUUCUCAAACCUAUGUUACAAUCUGAUCCAUGCAUCUGAGAGUCCUCACACAUGAGAUGGUGGAUCUGGUUUGGAAGUGUGAGCAAUCAUGGGCAUUAUUGUGUAUAUACCAGUUGUGAUGUAUGAGUUGUGCAGGCCUUUGAUGUUAACCCAACCGGACUUCACUCAUUAACAUUCCGUAGAGAACACACAAUCUGUCCCAGCUGUCAUAAAAUGCAUAGCGCAAUCCAUGUCAAUGUAGGGUCUUGUCAAGAUAUAGUGCUUGUCAAGAAGACAAAAGGGGUCAUUUGUCUUUAAGUAAUUAAACUGCUUUUCUUUCACAGCUCUAAAAUGGUCACCAAAACACAUGAAUCAUGUAAUACUAAAUAGAGAAAUAGAUUAGUCACCGAUAAAUUAAGUGACGACUAAAAAGUAGACAUAGGCAAAAAGAGCCUAAUGCUGAACGACACAUAUUUACAAAAAGAAGUAACGUCCAACUUUGUGAACAGCCCUCCCACAAAAGCUUGCUUAAAUAUAAAACAUAACCUUUAUUGCAAAAAAAAAAAGAGUAAGAGAAUAUAUAAGGAGAGGCAUUUUAUAAUACGUAGUUGGAAAUUAAGUUUAAAAACAUCAUGUAAUUAAAGGCCACUAUAGUUACCAGUACAACUACAGCUAAAUGUAAUUUUUCUGGUGUCUAGUCUGUCCCGGCACUCUUUUUAAUAAUCAGUGCAUUUUCUCUGAAAGGCCUAGAAACAGUGGUAAUCACUCAGACGGCCACCGGAGGUGCUUCCUGGGUCAGUUCUGCACACUGUGCAGCACUGACAUUCAGCAUCACAACGCUCAGCAUGGAGAUCCUAAAUGGUCCCCAUACAGAUGCAUUGAUUUAUUGCAUUCCUGUGAGGAGACACUGAUUAGCGCAUCACAGCGUUUUGACGCUCAUGCUCAAUAGUCUUCCACUGCUUUCCUAUGAGAGCAUUGAAUUGGCUAAGAUUGUUAAAUUUGAUGAUGUCAGGCAAGGAGGUGGAGCAUGGUGGAGCCAGCUGCAAGAAAAACGAUGUGGCGCUGGAUGAAAGGUGAGUAAAAUAACUUUUUAACCGGAGGCAAGGGGGGGCAGUUACAUAAAAUGUGUUUUUAGAACUAUAGUGUCAGGAAUAUGUGUUUGUGUCCCUGACCCUGUAGUGUUCCUUUAAGUCAACUUUUUUUUUUUACUGAGAUACUUGUGUAACAUAUACUUUUUUAGCUUCCUGAUGUGAAGUAUCUAGCUUUCAUACUGACUUAAAGGACCACUAUAAUGCCAGGAAAACAUACUUGUUUUCCUGGCACUAUAGUGCCCUGAGGGUGCCCCAUCUGGACCAGGCACCCAGACCACUUCAUUAAGCUGAAGUGGUCUGGGUGCCUAUAGUGGUCCUUUAACCCCUUAAGGACCAAACUUCUGGAAUAAAAGGAAAUCAUGACAUGUCACACAUGUCAUGUGUCCUUAAGGGGUUAACCAUGAGUUGUUUUACCAUAGAGAAGAUUGCCUAUUGGGUUUAGUAUUGCAUGUUAUUAUAUUUGUUGCCUUAUUGAUAACUGAUAUUAUGAGUUUUUGCAUUGAAUUUGAUAGUUUAUAUAUAUAUUUGUACAAUAUUGUUGUUACGGUACCCUCAGCAUGAAAUGUACAAACCGCCGUUUAGUGAAUGCUCCCCAUUCGCAAUAACCCAGGCUGCAUGUGUAUCCAGUAUAAUCAUACAAACCGCAAGCAAGGGAACUCUGUAAACUCACGAACGGGGUCCGUACGGGCACUUCACUUCACGAGCUCCAAACUCACGAAUCGCCAAUAGCAGCCGAACUCAGGUAUCUCCCAAUCGGCUAAUAAUCCCAUCCAGCAGUCUCUAGUCGUCGGUAAUAAAUCCCCCCAAUAACAACACCAAGCUCCGCAUUGAGGGUAAAACAAGAACUGGGUUUACUGUGGGCUACCUGCCCGUAUUUAUGCAGGUCUCCCACUUGGUGGACACUCCCCUAGGGGACCAAAUGGGAGACUGUGACAACAGAUAGACAUAUAGCAGUUCAGGACCCACAGACACAAAAUAUUCCCAGCAUGCAAUAGUAAUUCCUCCCCUCUGCCCUGGAGAUAAUUGAGAAGUAAUUCAAUUAUCUCCAGGACAGAGGGGAGGAAUUACUAUUGCAUGCUGGGAAUAUUUUGUGUCUGUGGGUCCUGAACUGCCAUAUGUCUAUCUGUUGUCACAGUCUCCCAUUUGGUCCCCUAGGGGAGUGUCCACCAAGUGGGAGACCUGCAUAAAUACGGGCAGGUAGCCCACAGUAAACCCAGUUCUUGUUUUACCCUCAAUGCGGAGCUUGGUGUCGUUAUUGGGGGGAUUUAUUACCGACGACUAGAGACUGCUGGAUGGGAUUAUUAGCCGCUUGGGAGAUACCUGCGUUCGGCUGCUAUUGGCGAUUCGUGAGUUUGGAGCUGUAAAGUGCCCAUACGGACCCCGUUCGUGAGGAUUAUCUCCAUUAUCUUCAAUUAUCUCCAGGACAGAGGCAAAUCGCCAUUUUACAUUCAACACAUAAAAACACAUAAAAAUAUAUAACUUUACAUUUGUCGAAUGCUACCCAUUCGUAUCACAUAUCCCCAGAUAGCCUGGAUCUGAGUGCAUAUUAUUGGCGAAUAGCGCUCAGAUCCCAUACGCAUAGUUCAAUCGCCAUGGAGUCAAAGUCUAUUACAGUUCUUCGGUAUGCAAUUGACUCCAUGGGAAGGCUAUCUGGGGUAAGUCCAUUCAUGCCUUUAAACCUCCCGAACGGCCGGUGUUCGCACACUUCUGUCGAUUGAGAAGGGAGGUCGACGGCUUCAGCGGUGUUCGGUUGAAAAAGUGUCCGUUUUCAGUUCCAUGAAAUCAAUGCCGAACACCGCUGGUCUUUCGCAUGGUUUAAAAUGGCCGCCGCCUCGUGGUCGACAUACGAACGACGACCACCCUGUGUUCGGUUUUAAUUGAGAAGUGUCUGUGGUUAACCGCAACGUUCUAAUUGGGAUCAAUAGGUUAACCAGCAGCACACUUCUCUUCUGGGUGGCCGUCCGUUCGGCAGUUCCGUUCGGCAGAAAAGUCCAUUCACUUAAACAAAGGCAUACGAACGGGUAAAUUCAUGAAAAAGGCAAAACAGACGAAUCCAGCAAUCUUAGUCUAUACAGAUGUCACAAUUGUUUAUUACGUCUUUAAAUUAGCAUCAAUCAAGAAUCAGGGGUAAUCAGUUCAUUAAUGGUGAUUAGUUAGGUGUCUGUCUCCUCAUGAUCGGAUCCUUGCCUGUCCAAAUAAAUUAAAUACUUAUACCACCGAUCAUAAAUUCACACCUUGGAGGGGGACCAAAUGCCCUCCAACACCCACACAUGGGCGGUGAGUGGGGGAUAUUACUAGAAAACAGGUAGGGGGAGGGGCACUCAAUCUCUGUAAUUUAAUUUCAUUAAAACUUCUAGCAGUACAUAACAGCUGCAAAUAAAGUGACUCAUUUAUAACAGUGCUUACAACGAUUUUUUCUGCGUGCAUCUCACCAGAUAACCUCUAUCACCUGUCCUGGUAAUAUUUUAAUUUAAGGGCAGAUUACAGAGGAGUGGUUACCCUAGCAUGAGACCCAGAUACAGAGUGUAGCGGAGCUCCCUGUACCCCGGCUGGGUACCUCUGCCAAAGGACAGCUGCCUAGCUGGAACAGGGCAUUGACUUGACUGGGGUCCUGGAACCUCUCCAUCCUGGAGUCGAAUAGGGGACUAGCUCUAUCCACUCCCAGGGACUGGACAACACACAAUCCUGGGAGCUGUAGUCCUUACAAGGACUUUCCCUGCUGAAUCCUCCACGCUGGAACAGUGAUUAGCCCUUUCCCCUCCCACUAACCAGACAACACAUAGUUCUGGGAGUACAAGCUGGAAUACUUUAAUCUGGCCAGAUGGCCUGCUUAUAUACAAUAGCCCCUACAAGGGGUCUCCCACACAAAACAACAGGGAAAUCCCUGCCAGAGUCCUCUGUGCCUGAUAGAUAAUAACCCAAGCAAACACUUAUAAGUUAAUUAUCUCUCAGGGACAGAAAAUAUAACAGUUUAUAAAACAUCCCAAAAUAGACAUAAAAUACACAAAAAACCCUCACAAAUGUCACAUCCCCUGAUACCCCCGCUAUGGGUGACUUACAUAUCCAAAAAUCACCCAGAUCGGUUCAGUGGUUCGGGUUUUCCAUGGAAGUCCCAUUUUUGACCUUCAUUAACAUAAAAACUAAUAAAAUAUCAAUCGUAGUCUCUAUUUGAACCAUGAAGCUUGUUCCCCUCAUCCAGACGAACGAUUCCACCGAACAGUGUUCUUCUAGGAUCAUCUUGGGCUAAUUGGGUUAAUUGGGCAGAGGUUCCUCUGGAUGACAUCUGCAGAACAGCUACUUGGUGCACUCCUACUAUCUUUAUUAAGCACUACAAACUGGACCUGCAUUCUACGACUACUUCUUUUGGGAGAGGUGUCUUAUCAUCUGUUGAAGUACAUAAAUAAAAUUGGAAUUCCAUUUGCAGCAAUCUGAGUUUUGUGUCUAUUCAUAUUGCAUUGUUUCUUUCCCUCCCUUCCAUGUGUUUUUGCUUGGGUAUUACCCAUAAGUGAUGUUGCCAUGAUUAGUUAGGAAUACGGAAAAUUAAAUUACAUACUUACCUAGUAAUUUUCUUUUCCUGGCUAUGUAUCAUGGCAGCAUCAGUCACCCUCCCUUCUUGCUUUUGGACUUGACUGAGGUAUGGAAGGAGGAGGGACCUUACUAGGUAAGUAUGUCAUUUAAUUUUCUGUAUUUUGUUGUAUCUACUAUUCAUCUAACACAAUGUGUAAACAGAAUUAUCUGCAAACGAAAAUGGGAUUUUGUGAUUUUAAUUUCCAGUAAGAAACACUUGCGAUUAUUAUUAAACCAUAUAAUAGCCCCUGGCUUGUCAAUAUUCAGAUGUGUGCUUUUUUUUAUAUAUAUAUAUAUUCAAAAAAUUGCAUACUUUACUAUUUGAAGAGAGAAAAACAUUUAGCAAGAGAGGAGAGAACGAACAACAGCUCAAUUAGCCUGCCUUUCAGUGGGUCCCCGCUCAGAACUCAAGCUGGUUUUAGCUCAUCUAGUGCCAUUAUAGAGAGAACUUAUCUGCAUAUCAGAGUGGUCCCACCCGUACGGGCAGUCCAGAUUCGAAAUGCCAGCAAGUUCCCUCUGCACGAGAGAAACAGCAACCCCAGUAUUUUGUUCUUAUUUUUCAAAAUUCAUACACAGCUUAUGGUCCAGUUACCCUAUAACAAAGCAUAGUCUAAAGCUGUAUUUGCUAUAAUAAGCCACUUUUUACUCUUAACAGGAUGAUCCGGAGAAAACGGCUUCAACGAUAAGAGGAGAGUUUUAUCUUACAGCAGACAGAGGUAUUCAAGAUGAAGAAGGCUAUUUCUGGUUUGUUGGACGUUCAGAUGAUGUUAUUUUAUCUUCAGGGUAAAUAUGUUUACUUUAAGUUUUACAUUUUAUGUUGGCGUUGUUCUUUGCAUUGUGUCUGUCUGGAUAUAUAAGGCACCGUCAUAUUAAAAAGUUCAUGGAGCUGAUAAUAUUUAUAAUGAUUUUGAUAAAAUCACAGAUCAUAAAAAGAGUCACUGUACAUCUGCAUCAGAGCUGGAAUCAUCUUUGCAUAAUUGUUACGUUCGUAUGCAGUAAUAAUGAUGUGGAACUCUGCAUCUACGCUCCUAAUUAUGGCGCCAAUGCGUGUGCCUGUCUCAAUUUUGUAACACGUCACACAUUCUGGCAUCAGAACAAUUAACGCUAACCAAUAGGAGGGUUUUUGACCUAUUUAAACCCCUCUUCGACCUGACAUAUGCCCUGUUGUGGUUUCCGUUUGGUUCCCAGAACAUUAUUUUAUUGUUUUCUGACAUUGACCAUGACUGUUUCUUGAUUCUGUGUAUCUCUAACCUUUACCUGGCUAGUUUAUUUGAUAUUCUGUACUUCUGUAAUCCUGACCUUGGCUUGUUCUACUAUUCACAAGUUCUCUAUUUACCUGCGUUAAGCCCGGUGACUGUAAGGUCUGGUAAUACGCUCUCUGUUAUCUCUCUGUUCUCUGACCUAAGCUCUGCGUGUAGGAGUAUAGUAAUACUGACACUAAGUAAAUGUUAUAACAAUAUUUCAUUUGUUAGAGAGAAUACUCUAUGGGUAGACCAUACAAUAGUGCAAUUUGCAGUCUAAUUCCACAGGAGCUACAUUAAUUUAGUGCAGUGGUGGUGAAUCCUAGCUGACAAGCUCCCACGAUGCUUAGUUCAGGUCAGUGAGUGUAACGGCACCCCCAGGCAUAAAAGGGGUUAAAAGCCGUUUAGUAGAUAUUCCCCUUCCAGAUAUACAGGCAGCUACCAAAGACACCAAUCCGCCGAACAGGAAACCAUAUGAAUGCCGUAAACAGCCGAAUAGGAAAAACCAUACGAAUAGGUUUACACUCCUAGCAGUCGAACUGGAACAGUAUACAAUAAAUUCCCCCAAGAACGAGACAAGGCUCCGUUUUGAGGGUCAAGCAGGAACAGACUGAGCUGUGUCUUUUUUGGCCUUAUAUACUAAUUUUACAGACAAGGUCCCACCCACAGGGUUUUGCAGAACAACCAAUCAAUACGUACAAUACACUCAGCAAUUACACACAAAAUCCUUCCCUCUGCCUGUGAUAUAAUUACGGAACACAGUGGGUUAAUGUAAUUAUCACAGGCAGAGAAAUACAGUUUUUACACAUGUACUGUCAGGGUCCCGCGGGCGGCUGCGAGGGGAGGCUGCAGUCCGCUCGCGGCACUCACCCUCCAGCCGUCCGCGGUCCCCCUUCAGCCGUGUGCUCGGCGGGCGGCACCCUCUCUCCCACGGGUGCCGUCCGCCUCUUCCUCUGUGUCUUCCAGCGGCAGCAUGCAUGACGCUGCACGCUGGGAGACCGCCCACUUUAACAAACGCCGGGGUCAGUCACCUGACCCGGCGUUAAAGGCACAGUGCCUCAAUCACAGUGGGAGGUUUAGAUAUCUCCCACGUGUGAUUGUUAAUUCUGAUUGGAAAUUAUCCAAUCAGAAUUAACCUUUGGAUUUAUAUACUUACCUUUCCUGUUCCUCUUCUCCCUGUUGUGGUCUUUACCUGCUAGUAUUGAUUCUGAACUGGUGCUUCUGGUUACGUACUCUCUGGCUUGUUAUCCGACUCUGUGACUUUCUCCUACCCUUUGACCUCGGCUUGUCUAUCGUUAUUCUGUCUUCUGGUUCCCCUUUACUCGGCUUGUUUCCUGACUAUUCUUUGUGUGCUUAGCCCGGCCACUCUAAGGUCCGGUACGGCACUUUGUGUGUGUGUGUGUUGGCGUGUUAGGUUCCCCGAAUCGUGACAUGUACUAUAACUUUAAAACUAUACAUUCAAUAUUCAUAAAAACAAGAUAUUAUUAUUCAGCACACUUUAAUUACACACAUAUCCAAAAUUCCAGUGAUUCCUUCCAGGGGUUAAAAAGUUAGUCGGAAGUCCUUUAUGACCGACCGCAAGCACAUUUUCAUGCCCAAAACAGUUCCAUAGAUUUGGGCUGUGCGGUCGGUCAAUUUAACACUGAAAAAAUGACUCAGUCCCAUUCGAAUGAGCGUUCGAAUCUUCGAACGGGACUUAGUCUCCAGCCGCAGUGUCGAAGUGGAGGAGAAGGUACAGGUCAGCGGUGCUCGUUCAAAUGUGUAGCCGAUUUCAGUUCCAUGAAUUUGGCUACACACACCGCUGACCUCGUUCGAAUGAACAAAGAUGGCGCCGCCAUGUGUUUGCAUGAACUGCGACCACCCAGCGGUCGGCAAUUUACCUGCAGCAGGCUCCCAGCCUGGGAGGUAAAUUGCCUGCACGCUUCCACUUCUGGGUGGUCCGCCUGUGUGGUACUUGGUUCAGUAAGCCCCAUUUACUGAACCAAGUGGGGAAAAGGGCAAAAACUAAGUAGUUUAGGGGACAGGGGAGACAGUCUUAAAGGGGCAUUGUUCCCAAAAGUCACAGUAUGUCCCCAGGGCCAGCAGCAGCACAAUAAAAAUCCAUUAUGCCCAAAUACUGUAUUUAAAGGGCCAAAUCUCCCAGGGACCAUAAUUACAUGGCAAGAGGCUGGCAAGUAGUCCUCUCCAGGCACAAGUGGUGAAGGGCACUUUGUCACAGUGAGAAUAUCAGAAAUUAUAACUGGUAAAAAAAAAAGGUAAAAGUUCCAAGAUUAGCACUGCUGGUUCAAUGCGUAAUAUCUACUACUUAUUAAUGUACAAGCUGUCUCAAAUAAACCAACAAAAUGUUAAUUGUCAAUGUCACAGUGCCCUACCAGAUGACAGCCAGUCCAUGGAGGUUGUGGCACCCCACCACUCCAUUUCUACUGCCAGCAUGGAUUCUGUGGGGAUUGUGAUGUCUCAACAUGGCGACCUCCAUGUGGGACUAUUGCGAACAUGUUUGGACGAAUGAGGAAGGUCAAUUGGCGUGGUGGGAGUGAAGCAUGGACAAUAACAUCACCAAGAUGACGCUGAGUCCCAUGGUGUACUCAGAGCCCCGCCAACAGUGAUAAUCCAUUUAUAUGACGCUAGCAGCCUUUAACGAUUGUGUACCUCCCAGUAGUGCUUGGUUGUUUUUAGUGAUUGCCUUAGACUCCUGGCGUUUCUAUAUCAUUUACCAUGUUCCUGUCCUACCUUCCAUUGGUUGAUCUCCUGGUUCUGACUUCGGUCCCCCCCCCGACUUUGCAUAUUGCUGCACAACCUUCAGAUCUCCUGACCUGGAUUCCAGACUUACCCCUUAUUGGUGUGAUGCUUUUGUGUAAUACCUCUUUAAUUGGAACUCAACUGAAGAAUUUUCUGAGGGCAGGAACAGUAAGUUUCACCUCCUAUUAUAUUGGAGUGAAAUCAGUGGACUGUAUCUUUAAAUAAUAAUCAGGAAAAUGCCAAGUUAGUUCCAACUUGAAUUUUAAUAAUGAAGUUUUAGCCUUAGCAGCAAUCCUUAUUUGUCAACAGAGAGUUUAAAGAAAUUAAAUACUAUAAUUAAUUGAUAUGACUUGCUUUCCUUGACAAAAGAUUUACUUAACUUAGAAGCACUCUGGCACUGGAAGGGUUAAUUCACCCAAUGGAGGAAGAGGAAGGAGUCUCUUUUAACAAACUGCAGUUUAGUAGUGAGAGAAAGGAAGUCCGUUUGUCCAAGCCGAGGUCUGAGAGAGGAGAAGGUAGAAAUCCGUUUACAAGCCGAGGUCUGGGAGAGGAGAAGGUAGAAUUCCGUUUAUAAGCCGAGGUCUGAGAGAUGAGAAGGUAGAAAUCCGUUUACAAGCCGAGGUCUGAGAAGUGGAGCCGGUAGCAUCGAGUAGAGCAGCUGAUCUCACUGCCGCACCUGAGUGAAUAAUCCAGCACUUUGAAUAUGGCGCGGUCUUCCUAAGUAUCGUGGAAAGACCGCGUCAGAAAAAAGGGGCGGAGCUAAGCGCCGUGAACCCGGAAGUGGGUUCCGGCGGCAGCAUGAAUGUUAGGUAUACCUGACAAUUGGAUACCUUUGCCAUAGUUCUCUUUUUAAUAAAGGCCCAUCAGGUUCCUGUCUCGACCUUCAGGUUUCCUCUUAGGACUGUGAUCAUAUGGGAGUGCUAUACUUCUGAAGCUGAGUUCCAAACCAAUAACAGACCCCCUGGCAACUGAACACACAUAAAUCCAAGAAUUAAUGGAAUCAAAGCUGACAUAUACUGGGUUUCGUUAACAUGAAGAAGUUGGGUGACUGAUAUUCAGAGACUGCUUGUGAGCAUUCUUUGAAAGAUUCUGGUGCAGUUCUACACUCCAAGCACCAUAACCACUACAGCUUAAUACAGUGGUUAUGGUGGAAAAACUGUAUGGGGCAAAAUUUCUGAAGGAUUCCCUGGUACCCAAAGAAUCCUUUCCUUUUUAUACUUUGAAAAUAUUUGUAUGCGGAAGUGAAAUUCAAAUUCUACAAAAUGCAUUCAGUAUUGUUUAACAAAGCUGCAUCGACCCAGUUAUGCUUUCAGAAGGAAACAUUUCUAAAGUGUGAGUAACCUUUGAUCGUAGUAAACAUCUUGGACUUUAUAGAUCUUUACGUAAGCUCAGAAAUUCAGCUCUGAAACAGAAGAGAUGUUAUAGAGGUAACAGCCACCUGCUGAGUUGUGGAGAAUAAAUGCUCAAAGCACCUGUCAAAAAAAAAAAAUAUAUAAGGAGCUUUAUUGCUUCUGUUCCGGGGCAUACUUCAAAUAAAUAAUGUUAGAGGUUUUUAACUACAAGCCAUGCUCUGCAAAAAGUAGUGCAUUCCACACUUAAAGGAUUCCUAGAAAAAGAAAGAGCUGAGACAAGUUGUACAUGCACAGUCUGCAAACCUCGACAAAAUGAAAGGGGCACGCCAUCCUCCCCCUGACGUAGUCAAACCAUUUAAUGAGGUCUGCUGGAUACUGUGUCUUGCAGUCAGAAGUCCUCUGUCUAAGCCAGUGGUUCCUAAACCUUUUAGGUCCAAGGCGCCCUUAAUAUUUGAAUAUUAUUUCAAGGCGCCUCAAGUCAAAAUUUCUAGGUUGUAUAUCUGUACAACGCUGCGGCAUUAGUGUAAUGCAUAGUCUUAAUGUUUUAAUAAAGGGGUGUGUUUGUAUGUAAUGUUUGCGUUUGAUUACAGGGGUGUGUUUGAAUGUAAUCUUCACUUUUAAAUGCGGAUGUACAUUUGUGUGAAGUAUUUGUGUUUGAGUGAAGGGGUGUGUUUGUAUAUAAUAUUUGUGUUAGAUUGCAAGACUGUGUUUGUAUGUUGUGCUGGUGUUUGACUGAUUGGAUGUAUGCACAUACACUACCACAUACUUACGUACAUACAUACAUACAUAUAAAUGCACAUUAACACACAGAUAAAUAUAAAUACACCAACACAUACACACACUAACACAUACCCACACCUUAACACAUGCACACACCGACAUAUACACACAAACAUUGAUAAAUGCACACACCAUAACCCAUAUACAAACACUGACAUAAAAACACACACCCUGACACACAGAUGCACAUACACAGAUACACACCCUGACAAACACACACAGAUGCACACCCUGACACACACAUCCAAAUACAGACACACACAAUAAUUUUUGUAUCUCCAGCCAUCCUCCUGUUAUCUUACCUUAUGUGUCCAGGAGGGUGGUUUGGAGUCCUGCUGGCUGUUAGAAGCAACGGGUCUGGAGCAGCUCCUGGAAUGCUCCUCUCCCUCCUGCACAGUCUCUCUGCACGAAAAUGGGAGGAAGUGACAGGCUGUCACUUGCUCCCAGCCGGCCGUCAUUACAAGGGCCCGGUCACGGUCUUAAAGGACCACGGCACUGGGGGAAACAUUCCGCAGCACCCCUGUGUGCACGUCAGUUUGGGAACCGCUGGUUUAAACAAAGCCUGACACUCUCAGCCAAUGAGCUGACCCUGCAGGGGAGCUAGUGGAAGCUCCUAUCAGGAGCUUCUAGCUUUCACUUGCGGCUGUGGGGAGCGGUGCCUAACACACCCCAGGUAAGAAGGUAAACCGUUAGCAACUGGCACUAUAACCACUACAUCCAUUAGUGGAAUUAAGCAAUUUCACAAAGGCUGACUGUCAAUUUCUUGGCUUAUGAUUUUAAGGUUGGUAAGAUUAAUAUUUUGUGCAAAUAACUGUUCGAUAAUUAUCUUGUUGCUUAUAUGACAGUUGACACAUAAGUAGCAUUUGUGUGGUGCUUCUACUGUUAUUUCUGUUUGCUUGUUACUGGUUUGUAGUAAAUUUAGUGUUCUGUAAUGGAACGUUGCACCACUUUUCAGAUCAAGACACUUUGUUAAAUAUCAUCCAAUGCCCAACUUUAAAGCUCAGUUUUAUAUUUGUCUUUUCUUUCUUAGAUACCGUAUUGGGCCUUUUGAAAUAGAAAGUGCUCUCAUUGAACAUCCAUCUGUUGCCGAAUCUGCGGUAGUAAGCAGCCCAGAUCCAAUCAGAGGAGAGGUAAUAUGGAGAACUCAUAAGAUUUCUUUUUAUGAGUAAGUGGGAUAUUCAAAAGUGGCAAAAUGCUAGGAAAGCAAUAUAUCACUUACAAUUAUUUAGCAUUUAAAAGUUUUACUAUUUAAUAGGAAUAAGAGUACACAUUACUAUUGUAAAACAAAUGUAGUUCAUUUUGAAUUUAAUCGGGAAGUUUACUUAGAAACAUACAUUUUCAGAGUUCUUAAAUUGACACUAUAGUCACCAGAACCAGUACAGCUAAAUGCAGUGGUUCUGGGAAUAGUGUCUGUCCCUGCAGGCUGAGCCUUGUAAACACUGCCUUUUCUGAGAAAAGGCUGUGUGUACACUCCUACCUAAGGCCACCUCUAGUAGCAGUCACUCUGACCUACACUCCACAAGAUAUAAGGCAAGUAAAACGUCUUUUUUUAAAUGCUCAUUAUGUGAGAGGAGCUUAAGCUAACACUAUAGUGUUCAUUUAUGACCAGCCAAAGAGGUGGAUCUACACUCCAGAGACCAGUGAUGUGAGAGAACAAAGGUAAGUAAAAUAAAAUUUUUAACCCUGGCAGUAAGGAUCCGGUCACAUAAACAGUGACUAGGGCAUUAUAGCGUUAUGAAUACACACUUGUAUUCCCAACACUAUAGUGUUCCUUUAAUACAGCUUGCAGAUUCCACAAUCUUCUGUAGGGGUCUGUCAUUUAUACACUUUUUCAACAAAAGAGUACAGAUCUCUCAGCACUAGGUCUAAAGACCCAAUGCAUCACAAGGGAACAUUGCUGCUCUCUCUGCCCAACGGCAUAAAUUAUUUUACAUUGUGUGAGUAAGAAACACAAAAGUCCCAGUUAUGGGUUGAAACGUUGCUGUCAUCUGUUCCAAUAAGCCUGCUCACUUUGGAUUUACCUCAAGUGCCUGGACCAUCAUUUAUUUUCUGAGAAAUACAUUGUAAGCAUUGGCCAACGUCAGGCCCGGUAGCACCCUGGGAUCAAGGUGGUGUAGUAUCCUUUACAAUAAUUACAAUAUUAAAGGACCACUAUAGUGCCAGGAAAACAUACUCGUUUUCCUGGCACUAUAGUGCCCUGAGGGUGCCCCCACUCUCAGGGACCCCCUCCCGCCCGGCUCUGGAAAGGGGAAAGGGUUAAAAACUUACCUUUUUCCAGCGCUGGGCGGAGAGCUCUCUGCCUCCUCUCCUCCUCCGUUAAGCCCCGCCGGCUGAAUGCGCACGCGCGGCAAGAGCUGCGCGCGCAUUCAGCCGGUCUCAUAGGAAAGCAUUUACAAUGCUUUCCUAUGGACGCUGGCGUGCUCUCACUGUGAAAAUCACAGUGAGAAGCACGCAAGCGCCACUAGUGGCUGUCAAUGAGACAGCCACUAGAGGAUUAAGGGGAAAGCUUAACCCAUUAAUAAACAUAGCAGUUUCUCUGAAACUGCUAUGUUUAUUAAAAAAUGGGUUAACCCUAGCUGGACCAGGCACCCAGACCACUUCAUUAAGCUGAAGUGGUCUGGGUGCCUAGAGUGGUCCUUUAAAUUUUGAGACAUUUUAAUUAUUUAAACACGGUUUUUGUUAUAUUUAUUUUUUCCUCUCCUCCCAAAAUGUUAUUUUUUUUCCCCCCCAUGAAAUAAUAUGCGAUCAGUGCAUACUGAAACAAAAAUACUAAGAUUCAGUUUUUUGUUUGCAAAUCACUUCUUGAUAGUGAAGGGGCUAGGGGCAAAUAAUGCUUAACACCAUGUUCUUUCUUUUAGACCCUAUUCCAGCUAUAAUAGCGAUCCUCUUUCAAUGUUACAAAGAGAAUAAUACAAUAAUUGGUCUUUCAGGUUGUAAAAGCUUUUAUAGUUCUGGCACCUGGUUAUGAAGCACAGAACCUAGAAAAACUGAGCACGGAGCUACAGGAAUAUGUGAAAAAAGUAACAGCACCCUACAAAUAUCCACGGAAGGUAAGGACACAGCAUUACUGUGAAAAGAAUAACACACAAAAAAUUGUCUUGGUCCAUGAAAGCGCUAAAUGGAACGUUUGCAUAGAUUUUUAAAUAAAGCGGCAUAGAUAGGCCAAGGAACUGUAAAUAGGCAUGUAUAGGGGACAGCAGGAUCACUAUGAAUGGGUAGAACAUUUGCUGAGAGUCUCAUUGCCAUCGUAGAUUAGGGAAGGUUUCCAUCACUUCACUGUCCCUGGUGACAUGGAACAUUAUGGCACUGGAAGGGACAAACCCCACUUUCCUUACCCUGAUGUUUCUGAUAAAUGUGAGGAUGCAGAGGAAUAGGGAUGUGUGUGUAUACUGACCAGUAAGUAAAGGAUCAGGUAUGUUAUUUGGAGAAUGACUGUAGCACAUAUAAAACCACCAGAGAACGGAUAGGAAAGUUUAGUGACAAAAAUAAGGCAUAAGGAAGAGAGGUGUGACAUAGGCAGAUAUGGGAUUUGCUCGAGGGUCGUUGGUGCUCCCACUCAUCUCAGCUACAUGUAUGUCCUGAUGUCCUUCUGCUUACUUCCUACACUACAUUAACUGCUACAAUAGACUUUCACUAAACAUUAAAGGAUUACUCAAACACUUUUUUGUGUAGAAUAGAGUAAUACCCUAUUGGCAUUAUUCUAUCAUCCCCCUAAAGAAGCACUCAAAGCUGUUUUUAAAAUGUUUACUUACCUUUAUCCAGCGUUGGACAAAGCUCCCUGCGCUACUCGGCUUGCCUCCAACUGACAUAACGGGAACCACUCCAAGGUCCAGAACAUUUUGCCAGCUCAGAGGGGAGGCUGUCUGAGCAAGUGAAGGGAGUGUGAUAGGGUUGGGAAUGGAAGAGGAGGAAGAGCAUUGGUAAAAAACCAAACCAAAACAAAAAAAAUAGCAGAGGGGAUGGGGAGGAGGGAGUGCUUAGAGACCAGAAUUUCUCCCAAGUGAGAAGUAGUUAAGUCUGUUGGCAGUGCGCAGUGAAAAAAGACUUUUUAUGCACAAAAUACUAGGCAGCCUGAAACAGAGUUCUGGGUUGCCUAAGUCACAUGUGCAACUUGCCUCUGGCACACAAUUAACAUGUGGAGUGUUUCAAGCAGAAAUAUUGCACAUCUAGGCUCCUACCACCAUAACUACUUCAAAAAGCAGAACUGGUCAUGGUGGUUGGAGCAACCUUUUACAUAUCCGAGGAAGGAAUCCUGGAAUGCUUGCAACUGAUAUUCAGUGCAGUCCAUUGACAUCAUACAAUUAAAACUAAACAUUGAAGUAGUCAGCAAACACAAAAUAAAGAAUUACAAGUAUGGAAUUGUGACAAUUUAUUUUACCAACUAAAUCUGAUGUAACAAUGAUUUACAGUCUUAAAUAAAUCCUAACGUAUUAUAUUUGAUGAAGUGAUUGUGUUUGAUUUUGUUUCCACACAGAUAGAAUUUGUCCAGCAGCUCCCAAAAACAGUCAGUGGAAAAAUUAGAAGAAAUGAACUGAGGAACAAAGAAUGGGGGAAAAUUUAGGCUUUUAAAAAUAUAUACAUACACACAUUUUAUAUUAUAUAUAUAUAUAUAUAUAUAUACACACACAUACAUUCAAACAUUUAAUGAGCAAAUUGAUGAACAGCAUAAAAAAAUGUAAAAACAUAAUUAAGAAAUCUGUUCCACUUUAUGGAGAUUUACACUGAAAAUUAAAGCAUUUCACACUCCUUUUUUACUGUCUUUCCUGAAUCACCGACAUUUGGUUUUCAUAAGGGAGAAAAAA